AUGAGCUACUGUAUUCAACAAACAGGAGACGAUGGAACAUAUUCUAUAGAUUUUUCAUCAUCUUGCAGUAAUUCAAUUAACUCUGCACAAAUCAUAUCUUUAACAGUUUUAAAUGCACGAAAAAUUCCUUCUAACUACUUUAAAGAUUUUUUCAAUCUUCAAUAUAUAAAUAUUAAUGAAGGUGUUACAUCACUAGAGUAUACAUCAUUCUCUGGUCUUACAAAAUUAAAUCAGGUAAUUCUUCCCAAGAGUUUACAAGAUAUAAGUUCUAGCGUAUUUUAUUCCUGCAGUAAUUUAUCAACAAUUAAUAUUCCUGAAUCAGUUACACGUAUUGGAGAAAGCUGUUUUUAUAAAUGUUCAAGUCUUGAAACGAUAUCAUUACCAAAAUCAGUCACCACAAUAGAAUACCUUACGUUUUAUGGAUGUAAUAAUUUGCGUUUUAUUAAUUUUUCUAAUACAAUGAAUACAAUUGAAUCUAACGCUUUUGAAAAUUGUUAUAACUUGACUGAUAUUCCUGAUUUACAAAAUUUAGAAUUUCUUGGCUACUUCGCAUUUGAAAACUGUUUCAAUUUACAAAAAAUUAAUUUAUCUUCUAAAUUAACUUUCAUAGGGGAUUCUGCUUUUUUGAAUUGUAGUAGUAUCAAAGAGAUAUUCAUUAACAUUAACUAUUUACCAGUUAGGUGUUUGUAUGGUUGUAAAAGUUUGAUUAAACUUGAUAUGCCAAAAGUUACAAAAUUUAAAUCUGGAUCAUUAGUUGGAUGUGAAAGUUUAGAAGAAAUAUCAUUUCCAGCAGGUAUAACAGACAUACCUCCAGAAUCAUUUCGUGAUUGUAAAAGUCUUAAGACAUUUACAAUCCCAUCCGUUAUUGAUAAAUUAUAUACCAAAACUUUUUGUAACUGUUACAGUUUAACAGAAAUCGAUAUCUCACAUAUCACAUAUAUUGAAUCAUUUUGUUUUGAAAACUGUACAAGUUUGAGAAAUAUCAAUAUUCCAAGUGCAAUUACAAGACUAGCAAGAGGAGUUAUUGCUGGUUGUGGUUUCAAAGAAUUCGUUAUUCCAGAUACAUUAAAAUCUCUUGACAGUAGAAUAUUUUCAGGAUGUCCUUACUUAACAAAAGUUACCUUUCCUACAAAUUUACUUGACUUUGGAGAUUUCCUUUUUAUUGGUUGCUCAAAUCUAACAACGGUUGUGUUUCCUUAUAAUUUAACAACUAUUAGUUAUAGUAUGUUUGCACAUUGUUCAUCCCUCAAAGAAAUACAAAUACCAGAAAAUGUAACUGUAAUAGAAGAAUAUGCAUUUUAUAAUUGCACAAGUUUGACAAAUAUUAUAUUCCCUGAAGAAUUAAAAUAUAUCAAAAAGAGAGGUUUUGCAUAUUGCUCAAGUUUAGCAACCAUUAAUUUGCCAGCUAAAUUAACUUAUAUGUAUGAUUAUGCAUUUGAAAAUUGCACAGAUCUCACAUAUGUUGAAAUCCCACCAUUAGUUCGUAAUCUUGGAACUGGCGUUUUUUAUUCCUGCGAUAAAUUGAAAAUUAUUAAGUUCCCAUCAACAUUUUAUGUUCAAACAUUUAACUUAAUCAGUAAUAGUUUGUGCAAAAUUAUUAUUGGAUCAGGAUUUAGAUCAGAUGAUGCUUUCAAGCGUUGCUUUGAAGUUUUCUAUACCGGAACAACAGACAUAACACAUGAAGCAACAGUCAGAGAUAUAUAUGACUUUGCAACAAGAAUUUAUGUAACACAAAAUUAUCCUUUUCUUAAGUUUUGUAACAAAACUGUUAUAGUACUCACAGAGGACGAGUUCCAAACAAAAUCGCAUGAACAAAAAUGCUCAAAAUGCACUCUAAUCAAAAGAAGUUUAGGUAUAAGCUGUUUUAAAUACAUUGAGGGUGCUAGUGGCAACAUAGAAGAUAGUGAAAUAGAAGAAAAAGAUGUUUCUAUUACAAAUCAGGAUCCACCUCGACAACCAUUUAGAGAUUCUCUGUUAGCUGUCGGUUUCAUGGCAUCAAUCUAUAAUUAA